CUUUGGACCUGCGGCUGAUAAAAGACCUUGUAAUGAUGAAGUGCAGGGACUUAAAUGAAGGUCUCGGUUAAAAUUGAAGAUUUACAAGUUACAAUUGGAGUCAAAGCCAUGUCCCGAAAGUCUUGGAUUGAGGAAACCUUUUCCAAGAGAGAGUGUGUGAAGUUUGUCCCUCCCUCUUGGGACUUACACAGAUGUGUUCCUGUAUGUCAAGUAUGCCAGAACUUGAUCAGAUGUUGCUGCGGCCGCCUGAUCGGAGAACACUGUUGGCAAGAGUCCGUUCCUCCAAUAUCCUUCUAUAUUGGAUCUGGACAGGACACAGAGGAUGAAUGGUCCAUGGAGGUUCAUACCAGGGCCAGUCCCACUGAUGCCUAUGGAACAAUAGACUUUGAAGAUACCGCCACACGUGUCUGUCGGGCCAAGUACGUCCGUGUGGCUGUGGACUCCAAGGCAGAAGCGCUACUCCAACUGAUGCUGAAGGAAUGGCAGAUGGAGAGACCCAAGCUGGUGCUUACUGUCCAGGGAGGCUCAGAAAACUUUAUAUUGCCCCCCAAAGUUAAGCAGGCUUUCAGCAAGGGGCUGAUCACUGCUGCCCUCAGCACAGAGGCAUGGAUACUCACCGAUGGGAUUAACACAGGUGUGUCUAAGUAUGUGGGGGAGGCAGUAAAAAUGUUUGGAAGCCACGACCUGAGGAAGAGAAACACCAUUGGUACAACACCAUGGGGAGUGAUUGACAACAACAUGGACCUCAUAGGCAGAGACAUGUUCAAGCCCUAUCAGCCGCUGGGGAACCCGCUGAGUAAGAGGGCCUGUCUUAAUGGUUUCCAUUCCCACUUUCUGUUGGUGGAUGAUGGGACGCUGGGAAAACAUGGCUGUCAGCAAGGCCUCAGGAGGAAACUAGAGAAACACAUCCAGCUACAGAAGAUACAUCCUCGACUGAACCAAGGAGUGCCUGUGGUGUGUGUGGUGGUGGAGGGAGGCCCUGCCAUCAUUUCUAUAGUGUUGGACUAUGUCAGCAAUGUGCCCCCUGUACCAGUGUUUGUGUUUGAGGGAUCGGGCAGAGCUGCCGACCUGCUGGCUUUCAUACACAAACAGACAGCCAAUGACAGGCAACUGGAUGCUGACAUCAAAGAUGACUUCCUUGUCAGGAUUGGGAAUGUGUUUGGUGUUGAAAGGCUUGAAGCCACUUCCAUUUACACCCUCCUCCAGCGGUGUAUGGAUCACAGACAGUGUAUAACUGUCUUUGACUCUGAGUCAGAGGACCACACAGCACCAGAUGCGGCCAUUUUGAGUGCUACUCUAAAAGGCACCAAUGCCAGUCCAGCAGAGCAGCUGAGUAUGGCUCUGGUGUGGGACAGAGCUGACAUUGGACAGAAAGACAUCUUGGUGUACGGACAGCACUGGCAGGUCGGUGCCUUGGAAAAGGCCAUGCUGGAUGCUCUGGUGAUGGACCGUGUCAGUUUUGUCAAACUGCUGAUUGACAACGGCAUGACGAUGAGCCGCUUCCUCACUGUGGAUCGACUCGAGGAGCUCUACAACACGUCACAGGGACAAACGCAGCGCUUUCUGCAUCAUCUCGUUGAAGAUGCAAAAAAGUCGUCUCUUCCCAGAGACUACCGUUUUUCCCUUGUUGACGUGGGGCUGGUGAUAGAAUACCUAAUCGGAGGAGCGUACCGCAGCAGCUACACACGGAAACACUUCAGAGCUGCAUACGGCCACAUGCAGAACAGAGGUAGAUGGGGCAGCUCUGCCUCCUUGUCUAAACAAAGACCAAGAUUAAUAUCAGAGUCUAAACGAAGCAGGAGUCUCCAGGACUUGCAGUUCUUUAGAACUGCUCAACCCUACGGACGCAAGGAUCAAGAUGUGCCAUCUGGGACCAGUCAAGAGAUGACGUUGGGUCCAGGCCUUGGUGAUACGUCGCUACUAUUUCUGUUCGACUUCAACGACCUGUUUGUGUGGGCUAUUCUGCAACAGCGGCAGCAGAUGGCACUGUUCCUGUGGCAACACGAGGAGCAAGCGCUGGCACGUGCCAUUGUGGGCUGUAAGCUUUACCGUUCAAUGGCCUUUGAGGCACGCCAAAGCAGCAUGGACGACAACAUUGCAGAGCGAUUCAAGGCUUAUUCACUCGAGUUUGGUCAGCUGGCAGUAGAUGUGUUAGACUGUGCAUUUCGUCAAAAUGAACAAAUGGCUAUGAAACUGUUGACUUAUGAGAUGGAAGCAUGGAGCCACUUCACCUGUCUGCAGCUGGCCGUCUCCUCGUGCCACAGGCCGUUUGUCUCACACUCCUGCACCCAGACUCUCCUCACAGAUCUCUGGACUGGUCCACUGAACAUGAGAAAAAACUCCUUUAUGAAGAUCAUUUUAAGCCUUCUUCUACCUCCUGCCAUCCUGCUACUGGAGUUUAAAAGCAAGGCUGAAAUGUGCCACGUACCGCAGACCAAUGAGGCAAUACUGUUUGGCCUUGACUCUGUCAAGGCGGCGCCAGCCACCGAGGGAUCUGAUCACACGGACAACCAGGAUGCAGAACGGGGCCUCCCUUUCUAUGACAAAUGUCUUGGUCCUGUGUCAGAAACUCUUUCUGCUGUGAAGGUCCAGGGACUGUCCUGGAUCAAAAAAGUCUAUGGUUUCUACACAGCUCCUGUUGUCAAGUUUUGGUUUCACACAAUGUCCUACUUGGCCUUUCUGAUGUUAUUCUCCUAUGUUGUUCUGGUGAAAAUGGAAGAUCAACCCAGCAUUCAAGAGUGGCUGGUCAUUGUCUACAUUUUGUCCACUGCAGCAGAGAAAACCAGAGAGGUUUUAAUGUCUGAACCAGGGAAGCUGAAGCAGAAGAUGAAGAUUUGGUUCUCCGAGUACUGGAAUAUCUCCGAUUUUAUUGCCAUCCUCCUUUUCCUGGUUGGAUUUGCGAUGCGUUGGCAUGCUGAUCCCUAUCGGACUGCAGGACACAUCACCUACUGUCUGAACAUCAUUUUCUGGUUUGUCAGGGUGAUGGAUCUGCUGGCUGUCAAUCAGCAUGCUGGCCCUUACCUCACCAUGAUCAUGAAGAUGACCAGUAACAUGUUCUUCAUUGUGGUGAUGAUGGCGAUAGUGCUCCUGAGCUUUGGGGUAUCCAGAAAGGCCAUCCUGUCUCCGGGUGAGAACCCCUCAUGGAGCCUGGCUCGAGACAUUGUCUUCCAGCCAUACUGGAUGAUCUUUGGAGAGGUCUACGCUGGAGAGAUGGACUUAUGUGGUGACGAUGGUCCGUGUCAUCCUGCGUUCUUUAUUAUACCAUUACUCCAGGCUGUUUAUAUGUUCUUCCAAUAUAUCAUCAUGGUCAACAUCCUCAUUGCAUUUUUUAACAACAUCUACUUUGACAUGGCUUCAAUAUCCAACAAACUGUGGAAGUACAAUCGUUACCGCUACAUCAUGACGUAUCAGGAGCGGCCAUGGCUUCCCCCGCCCCUUAUCCUCUUCAGCCACAUGGCUCUUUUUUUGAAAGGCAUCUAUAGAAAAUUAGCUGGAGAUGCUGCGAAGGAAGAGAGAGGCUCUGGGCUUAAGCUGCAUCUGGGCCACGAGGAUCAAAAGAAGCUGCAUGAAUUUGAGGAGAAAUGUGUAGAGGUUUACUUACAUGAGAAGAACGAAAGUCUCCACAGUAGUCAAAUAAACAGGGUCAGAGUCACAGCUGAGAGGGCAGAAGAGAUGUGCAUGAUAGUGGGGGAGGUGACAGAAAAGGUCAACUUCAUUCAGCACAGCCUGUCAGACUUAGACUGUCAGCUGGGUCAACUCCAGGAUCUCUCUGUGCUGGCUGUGGACACCCUCACUCUGCUCUCCGCUUCUGACAGCCUACAUCAGGAAGAAGCACGCCUGGCUCAGUGUCGGCACAGCACAGCAUCCCAGCAUAUCCUCCCUCACAGCUGGACCCUCCCACACGGGAGUGGAGCAGAAUGUGAUAUUCAUAAUAUUCGGCGCCUGAUGGUCAAAUCAUGUAAAAGCACCCCGUCCUCUUUGCCAAAGGGCUGUGGUCUAGCAGCAAGUAGAGUGGCAUUACUGGAGUGUCAUGAAUCUGCCAGGGGAAGCAGGGAAGGAAAGUGUGGGCGCACAGAAGGGGGAGAGGAAAGGGCAAAGGAGGAUUUAGAGUCUAAUUCUGCUGACCAUCCCCCUGAGAACGGGUUGGGAGCAUCUAAACCAGCAUCACAUGCUUCCUUGGGUCACCUUAACAAUGGCGGAGGACAUCUUAGAAGGGAGAGGGAUCAGACACCUUCUGAGUCCUCUGGAUCGUCCCGUUGUGGCAGUCCUCUUUCUGCCAGAGGCUUGGUGUCAUCACAUCAUAAAUUCUGGGUAUGUGAUCCAUAUUUGUACCCAAGUCUUGCAGAUACAUCCAUGGAAGAGGGAGAAGAAGAGGAGGCAGAGGAAGAAGAGCAGGAAGAAGAAAACACCCAAGAACUGGAACAGCUGCCCAAAGCAAAAGUAUGUCGAUCAUCUGGCAAUUCGCCUCAGUCUGGCCCUCAAGACUUCUCUGAUGUUUUGAUCAAUCCUGUGUCUCCUCAGGAUGAUAGUCAACCAGGUCUUCCAUCCAGACUUUCCAGCCAGUGGAGAAAGCCUAUGACAGCCCCCAGGUGGAUACCCAAAGACCGCCCGUACGGCUACUGCAGGUCUCUAUCAUCUAGCAUGGAGAACAUGACCUUUGCUGGAGCGCCCCUCGGCCCAAGAAGGGGAUCGUUUGCAUCGCUCAAUGAAUCAAUUAACAAAGAGGAUAUAGCUGGUAGGAGGGGCUUUAGGGAUGAUACAUCUCUGCAGUGCAGCAGGAACCAAGAGUGGUCCAAGUCCUCUGACUUCACCCAAGUCAUCGAAAGCAGAAGCAAAAGUCACAACCGGAAGACAGUAAAGAUAAAACAGAGGGCUCCAGAUGCAGUACCUUUGGACUCCUGCUUGGCUGGUGCCUCAUGGAGAAGGCAACGGAAGAUUAUCGGGGAACCUGCAUGUUGGUCAGCUUCAACCAGCCUCAAUCAGCUGAAUUGUGAUCCUUCAGAUUUGUCGCAGAAGCAGGUCUUUUCCCAUCAGGAUGUGAGGAGCUCCCCUCAUUCAGUGUGGAACAGCUGGGCCAUAUCCAUGAGCCGUAGGUCUUCCGUACAGAGUGGAAUAGCACCUGAAGGCAAGAUACACUCAUUCCAGUCCAGUGACAAUUUGUACCCUCAUUAUUCAGCCGUGGAAAGAAACAAUUUGAUGAGACUGGCCCAUACCAUUCCCUUCACUCCUGUUUCCAUUUUUGGAGGCGAGGAGGUGAGCAUCUACUCCCUGGAGGAAGUUCCCUCUGGCAAUGGCUGUGAACCCAGUUUGGUCUCUUCAUGGUCUUCUCAAGGGUAUUCUGCUUUUCUGAAACCACUCUCCAGUGAGGAGGGCUCUCUGGAUGGGGGUCUCCGGCAGGGUUGCAGAAUGCUCUGCACUUGGGCGGAACAAGAUGUGCUCAAGCCUGGUUGGGUAUAUGUGGUCAAAGCCUUUAAGGCAGAUGUGGUCUAUGCCUGGCAGAAGAGCUUCGCUGGUAACACUGCACUGCAGCUUUGUUUAAGGGAGAUCCAGCAGCAAAGAGCAGCCCAGAAGAUGAUGCAAGUUUUUAACCAGAUCAAACCUAAUGAUAUGCACCACUCACCAAGAUUUCUAGAUGUGGCACUGAUCCUCUGGCAUGCCAACAGCCAGUGGCUGACUAUUGAGAGGAACAUGACCGGUGACUUCAGGAAAUACAAUAACAACACAGGAGAGGAGAUCGCCCCCUGCUGUUCACUAGAGGAAAUGCUGCUAGCAUUCUCCCACUGGACCUACGAGUACUCGCACAGAGAGCUGCUGGUGCUUGAUAUACAAGGAGUGGGAGAGGAACUGACUGAUCCAACGGUCAUCACGGCAGAUGACCAAAGUGGUAACAGGGGUGAGAUGAUUUUUGGCCCCGACAACCUUGGAGAUGCUGCCAUCAGCGGUUUCCUGCAGAAGCACUCGUGUAAUUUCUGCUGCCGCAGACUGGGCCUAAAAGAUUUAAGGGGGUGUUCAGGCAGCUGCGAGAACAGCGAUGAGGCAGAGUCUACGUCAGAGAAUGAAGAACAAGACGCAGACGAUAUAAGGAUGUAACUUGGUUAAAAAUGUAAAAAUGGAGAUGAGAGAAUGAUAUCUUCUUAUCAGAGAUCUGCGAACUGUUAAGUUUAUGAGGGUGAUUCUAGUUUGCACUGAGUUUUUUAAUAUAUUUCUAUACGUGUAUUAUGAUACAGCUUUAAGGAGGAUGAGAUUUUUGUACAACUGUAAUAUAAUUGCAUGUUGUCUUUAUGGUUUAAUAUAAAGAUACAAAUGUUUUUCAUCAGCUCAUAUUAAAAUAUAUCAAUCUAAAAUUAAGUGUGUGAGAGUGAGACAAAAAAAACAAACAAGAAAUGCACCCAUAAAAUUUCUUUUAUUUUUUUUUUCCCACAACAAAAUGUCUACAAAAGCGAUAAAAUAUAGAAUUUAACAAAAAUCACUUCAGAGCUUCACAUUAUAUGUACAUCUCAAAGGAGAACUCGCAAAGGCCCCUGCAUAGCUCUGAACUUUAACCCAGUCUGAUCCAUCAGUUCUGGGCGUUUUCGACUCUGUUUAAUGUUAAUGCACACAUGCACACACUCUUUCCUCCUGCAGUAAAAAUGGAAACUAUAGCAGACUUUGUAGAUUUGCAGUAGAGUCAGAGUUCAGAGUCCAGCAGAGUCCCCAUCAAAUGAAAAAAAAAAAGCAUAAAAUGUAAAAAUUGUUUGCCAGUGUAAUCAAAUACACUUUUUCCUGGGUUCCCCCAUUUAUGAUUUGCUUCUCAUGUAAACUGACACAGUAAAGCAUCUACGCCCCACACUGCCAAUCCUUACUCUCUUCACUAGCUAUGGCACUUUGAAAAGAAACAAAAUGUUUUUUUGUUUUUUUUUUUGUUUUUUGUUUUAUUAUGUUGUAUGAUCUUGUUAGUCCUGUGUAAAAGAGGUUCUGUUGCCCAAGUACCUUUUA